AUGGCACCAAUAAGAAAUACAGAAGAAAAAGAAUGCAAUACAGAGAGAAGGGCAAUGUUUGUUGAUUGUUCCGGCCUGGAGAGCUACACGGACAUAAACACGUCCUUCGGAAAGUUGGUAAACACCUACUACUGUUUCGCCGCAUGCGAUUGCGUGGACGAACAACUGGGCAUUUUGAAGAGCCUGGUGCCGGCAUACUACGAGGUUGCGGCGCUCACAAACACAGACUUUGUCAGCGGGCGCGCGGGCGGGAUAACGCAGAAACUGCUUGCCAUGGCCAUGACUCUGCGUCAAGUCGCAGACUGUCUGGCGCUCAUCGAAAGGUGCGACAGCGUGGUACCCGUCGAGGUUGCGAACCCGACCAGUUUCAAGGGCAGCGUCAUGACGCUGCCCUUGAGCCGGGCUUACGCCCGGCUGCUGGACGAUUGGAGCUACUACAUGCGGCGGCAGCAGCAGCAGCAGCCGAUGGCAGGGCGCACAGGGUGGGUCGGCGGUCUGCAGCACCGGCUCCCCUGGCGGCGGUCACGGACGGUCGUUAUCCCCAUGCUGUAUAUCGGCGGGACCGCAGAGAGCGCAAGGGACCUGGGCAGCGUGCUGCGGGACUGCGAGGUCAGGCACACGGGUGAGACGCCGCUGCAGCUGCUAUGGACGUCGUCGCCCGAACUGACGUACGCCAGAACGCCCUGCUGGACGUCGGCAAUAGUAGCAUGCACGACUGGUCGCGCUACGAGUUCGACUUCAGCAACGCAACCGAGGACGAUAGCUUGCCUGGAGGGCGCGAGCGUAAGUGCGUGGUGCAACUGGAGGCGCUACUGGGCGCGCUGGCCACCACGGACCCGCUGUUCCAGUGGUAAACGUGAUUUUAAUUUUAUUUUUUUUUUUUAG